AUGUCUCAGCAAUCCGCCGCUGCAAAGCCUUCGCUCCAGGGCGUCAGAAUAAAAGCAAGAAAGGGUGCUGUAAAGGCACACGCUAAGCACGAACCGUCCGUCUUCAGAGAUCAACUUUACAAACACCUCGAAACCGUACCCGAGGGCGAUUUUGAUUCCUUCGCUACUAAGUUCGUACAAGCAGGAUCUACUCUCGAAUACCUCAAAUAUGCAGAUGCCCUCUUCGAGAUCAUCCUUGUUGGCGGCCUCCUCCAGCCAGGCGGUAGCUACGUCGAUGAUGGUGCACCGGUAUCUCCCUUCACUAUCUUCAAUGCUAAAGAACCGGCGGAGGUGGACGACAUAAAGAAAUACGUUGAGGUCAUCAAUAAGCUUACUAGAAGAUACAAGUAUCUUCAAAAACCUCUUGAAGAAUCUGCACUCCCCACUUUGCUUCAGUACAUCCACCGCUGGACACCUGUUCAGAAGGACAAAUUUAGUACUGCAGUCGGGCUUCUGAUUUCUCAAGGCCUUGCAAGCGCUUCUUGUCUCCAGAGUUUGACCAAGGACCAUCUCGUCAAGAAUGACGUGGCUACCAGCGUUCUCACCAUUAUAAUCCGUGCUUACCUCGUGGACCAAAGUAUGGACCAUCUGUCGGCUGCUUUGAAGCGCGGAGGCAUCAAGGACCUGCUCCUUUUCUUUCCACCGAACAAGCGCGAAGGCAAAUUCCUCGACGACCAUUUCAGAAAGGAAAAUUUGCCCCAAGUCGCAGAAUGGUGGGCCAAAAAGCAAUAUGCUGUUGUAAAGGAGGGUAUCGUCAAGGACCUCACUGAAAUGCAAGAGCACGGAGACACUCCUGAGCAGAUCGUCGGUGCUAUCAAAUCACGCCAGGAAGAAUCGCCCAUUCCAGAAGCGGAGUUGGUUCAAUGCCUUUGGUCAGGUCUCAUGGGAUCCGUGGAUUGGAGCGCCAGACCAGAUCAGAUUGAAGGCCUCGCUCUCCGGGAAGUCACGAAAUAUGCCCCUAUACUUGAACCAUUCUGCGAAACUGGCAAGACCCAAAUCGCUCUUAUCAACGCCGUUCAGGUCUACUGUUAUGAAGACACCCGUAUUAUCAAGGCCUUCCCCCAGAUUCUUAAAGUAUUGUACAACAAGGACUGUAUUUCCGACCAAGCUAUAAUUUAUUGGUACCAGAAAGGCUCGAAGCCCCAGGGACGCCAGCAUUUCCUCAAAAGCACAGAGCCUCUUGUCAAGUUCCUGCAAGAACAGGAGUCCAGCGAGGAAGAGUAA